GCCUCCCAAAGUGCAAGGAUUACAGGCAUGAGCCACCGUGCCCAGCCUCUCAGGUUAAAUUUUAAGAGCACCCUGGCCAAGGAGAAAGUCCAUUCAGACGGUUGGGGAAGGGAAUGCUUAGAAUUUUAUUUUUGGUUCACAGGCUGUUGCAAAUGAAAUUCCUGGAGAAACAUAAUCACUGGUUAUGCCAUAGGUUCCCCACAAGAAACACUUGAGGCAUACUCUUUAUUCGCCAUGAAAUCAGCCCAACCUGCUGAACCCAGUACUGCAGCCUUUAUAUGUUCUGUGAUGAACAUCGCUUUCAACUAUGCCUUCCGUCAGGCCAUGGUACUGGAGUUGGUCACACCCACGAGCCAGAGCUAAUAUUCGUUUCUACUGACGCUGCGUUUUUAACAAAGCUUCUCUUCAUCAACUGCAAAUUGGAAAAUCUUUGACUCUACCUAUGACCGGUAAGCCCCCCACUUCAAGAUAUACCAGCCUUUUAGGCCAAAAUCAAUGUGUAACUUUUAUAUAUUAAUUUACCUUUUUGCCUAUGACUUCUGCUCUUCUAACAUUUACCCCUGCCUUUAACAACCCUUACCUGUGAGCCACCAAGGGUGCUGGGACUUAAGCAUGAGCUGCCUGAUCCUCCUUGCUGGACACCUCACAAAUACACACUUUCCUUUCUACCACAGCAAACCUCGGUGCGGAUGUCUGGCCUUACAUUGCUGGGUGAAUGGACUCCAGUUCAGUUCUCAAACAGGCAUUGUGAAGACCCUGUUUCCCUAGCUGGGCAGCUGCAACGUCAUUAGACAGAUAAACUCAAGUUGUAAAACAUGUUUUUCCUUGAAAAGACACGGUGGUCUUUGAAGACGUGGUUGUGGGGUUCACCCUGGAGGAGUGGGCCUUGCUGGUUCCUGCUCAGAGAAACCUCUACAGAGAAGUGAUGCUGGAGACGUUCGAGCACCUGGCCUCAGUAGAUGAUGAGGCUCAACUUAAAACCAAUGCGUCCAUUUCUCAGCAGGAUACUUCUGGAGAAAAAUUAUCCCUUAAACAGAAAAUAGAAAAGUUCACAAGAAAGCAUACGUGGGCCUCCCUUUUAGGAAAAAAUUGGGAAGAACAUAGUGUGAAAGACAAGCACAACACCAAGGAGAGACGUUCGAGCAGAAAUCCAAGGGUGCAGAGACCAUGUAAAAGCGGUAAAGGUAAUAAGCGUGGAGGAACCUUCAGAAAGACUCGAAAUUGUAAUCGUCAUCUGCGCAAGAAUCAUCGUACCGGUGUGAGACGGUAUGAAUGCAGUCAGUGUGGAAAACUCUUCACCCAUUCCUCAUCCCUGAUGAGGCACCGAAGAGCUCACUCUGGACAAAAAUUAUAUAAAUGUAAGGCAUGUGGGAAAGCCUUCAGUCGCCCUUCCUACCUACAGAUGCAUGAGAAGACCCACAGUGGAGAGAAGCCCUAUGCCUGUCAAUCUUGCGGGAAGACGUUUCUUCGUUCUCACUCUCUCGCCGAACACGUGAGGACUCACACUGGAGAGAAGCCCUAUGAAUGUGGGCAGUGUGGGAGAGGCUUCAGUUGUCCCAAAUCCUUUCGGGCGCAUGUGAUGAUGCACACUGGGGGGAAGCCGUAUGAGUGCAAGCACUGUGGGAAAGCCUUCAGGUGUCAGAAAUCCUUUCGAGUCCAUACGAUCAUGCACGCCGGAGCGAAACCCUACGAGUGCAAGCAGUGUGGGAAAGCCUACUGCUGGGCAACAUCCUUUCAGCGACACGUGAGAAUUCACAACGGAGAGAAACCCUAUAAGUGUGAAACAUGCGGGAAAGCAUUUGGUUGGCCCUCCUCCUUACACAAACACGCAAGAACGCACGCUAAAAAGAAACCCGUGAGUAGGGGCAAUGUGGGAAAGCCUUCAGCGAGGCCUCACCCCUCCACAAAUGUCGAAUUGCAAACUAGAGAGAAAGUCUAUAAAUGUGGAAAAUGUGGGAAAACGUAUGGUUGGUCCUCAUCUUUACACAAACAUGAGAGAAAGCACACAGGAGAGAAACCUGUCAAUGCAGCCAGUGUGGGAAAGCCUUCAGGCGAGCUUUGCUCUUCCAAAAAUGUGAGAAUGCAGAUUGGAGAGAAGCCCAGUAAAUGCGAAAAAUGUGGGAAAGUUUUCAGUUGUCCCAAAGCCUUUCAAGGUCAUGUGAGAAGUCACACAGGAAGGAAACCCUAUGCAUCUAAGUAAUGGGGGAAAACCUGUGCAAAUUAACUCACAUGUCAUGGUUCAGAAAAUUCACAGCAGGAGGGCCAGGCACGGUG